AUGGGAGUGGUGAGCAGCAAAAAGCAGAUCAAGGAGAAGGGUAAGGGCCAAUGGAGCUCCGUGAAGGACAGCACCCAGAGCAGAGAGCCCCCACCUCUGCCACCCCUGGUCCUGUUUAACCACCUGACUCCUGAGCCUCCCGACACACACCCGGAUCAAGAAGAGCAUUUCGUGGUGGCACUGUAUGACUACAUGGCAGUGAAUGACCGUGACCUGCAGGUGCUGAAAGGGGAGAAGCUGCAGAUCCUAAAAGAAUCUGGAGACUGGUGGCUGGCCAAGUCCCUCAUCACGGGAAGAGAAGGAUACGUGCCCAGCAACUUUGUGGCCCGAGUAGAGACCCUGGAAGUGGAAAAGUGGUUCUUUAGAUCAAUUAGCCGGAAAGACGCCGAGAGGCAGCUUCUGGCUCCAAUCAAUAAUGUGGGCUCCUUUCUUAUUAGAGAGAGUGAAACCAACAAAGGUGCCUUCUCCCUGUCUGUGAAGGACUCGACCACCCAGGGGGAGGUGAUCAAACACUAUAAGAUCCGCUCCCUGGAUGAAGGAGGCUAUUACAUCUCCCCCCGAAUCACCUUCCCCACUCUGCAGGCUUUGGUGCAACACUACUCAAAGAAAGGAGAUGGCUUGUGCCGCAAGCUAACCCAACCCUGUGUGAGCCUGGCUCCUCAGAACCCCUGGGCCCAGGAUGAAUGGGAAAUCCCCCGGCAGUCUCUCAGGCUGGUCAGGAAACUUGGGUCUGGACAGUUUGGCGAAGUCUGGAUGGGUUAUUACAAAAAUAACAUGAAGGUGGCCAUCAAGACCUUGAAGGAGGGAACCAUGUCUCCGGAGGCCUUCCUGGGCGAGGCCAACCUGAUGAAAACUCUCCAGCAUGAAAGGCUGGUUCGUCUCUAUGCCGUAGUCACCAAGGAGCCCAUCUACAUCGUGACCGAGUACAUGGCCAGAGGAUGCUUGCUGGAUUUCUUGAAGACAGAUGAAGGUAGCAGACUGUCCCUCCCAAGACUGAUCGACAUGUCGGCCCAGGUUGCCGAAGGAAUGGCAUAUAUCGAAAAAAUGAAUUCAAUCCACCGAGACCUCAGGGCGGCCAACAUCCUGGUGUCUGAGACGUUGGGCUGCAAAAUCGGUGACUUUGGCUUGGCCCGGAUCAUCGACAAUGAAUACACUGCCCAAGAGGGGGCCAAGUUCCCCAUCAAGUGGACUGCCCCAGAGGCCAUCCAUUUCGGGGUGUUCACCAUCAAAGCAGACGUGUGGUCAUUUGGCAUCCUCCUGAUGGAAAUCAUCACGUAUGGGCGGGUACCCUACCCAGGGAUGAGCAACCCCGAGGUCAUCCGCAACUUGGAGCGGGGCUACCGCAUGCCGCGCCCGGACUCGUGCCCGCCGGAGCUGUACCACGGCGUUAUCGCUGAGUGCUGGCGGAGCCGGCCCGAAGAGCGGCCCACCUUCGAGUUCCUGCAGUCGGUGCUCGAGGACUUCAACACUGCCACAGAGGGGCAGUACGAGCUGCAGCCCUAG